AUGUCACAGGUCAUACAAAACCACGUGUUGCGUGUUGGACAGACCGUGUGUGUUUCCUCACAGGAGGAAAGCAAGAGCUUGCACCCGGCGGGGUACCCGGGCUGCUCUGUGCUGCCCAUGAAGUACGGCUACUACUCAGCGGAGGGCUGGGCUGACCCGGCCGUGGUGGUGCACACCAACACACGCCUGCUUCCCAACGCAGGGCUGUAUGGAGCCCGACCCGUGUUCCAGACGGUGGCUGCUCACACACAGGGGAAGGGGCAGCAGGAUGCCUCUUUGGAGAAGCCCACUGCCCCAUGUCAGUCAAAGCAGGAGGAGAACAUGGAUCCAGAGACCCACCUGGUGUCUCCUACCUUGGACAUAUCAAUAGAGAGUCUCAAUCAGCUGAUCCUAGAAAUCGAUCCAACCUUUCAGCCUCUCACCUGCGAGCUGGGGAAGGAUGUGGUCCAACCUGCUGCUCAGGGUGACGCCGCUGCCACCAAGAAACAGGAUCCAGAAGCAACAGACAUCAAAUACAUAGAGAUGACACCAGGCAGAUCCGUGUGCCCCGAGCUGCUGCAGGGCUCUGCCAGCCCUUCGGGGACACCGUUCUCCAGGUCCCCCCAGGACACCAGCUUCCUGCCCCACAAAGGGGGGUUCAGAGGGAACUACAGCACCAGUGGCAGCCUGUCCCCCGCCCCCCCGGACCCUUCCAGCCCCAGGUUGGGCGCACGGAGCUGUGCUGCCUCCCCGACCCGCAGCAAAGCGUCCGAGCGCGUCGCUGUCCCCCAGCAGCGCACGGCUGGACAGACGGACAGCAUCUCCUACGGCCCCGGCGCGCUCGGCACCUCCCCGGGCUUUGACAGUUUGCUGAAGCCAGUGCAGGUGGUGAGGCCCAAGCAGAGCAGCAGCUGGGUCUCCGUGAUCUCCACCAGCCCCAGCUCGGACACCAGCUACAUCCUUGGAAGCAGCACCCACUCGCUCCACAAUGACGACUCGGAUGCUCAUCCCGCUGCCUCCCUGUCCCCUGCCAGCUCCCUGGGCAGCCCCUGCCCACCUUCCCCCACCAUCAGGUCUCACUCUGGAGAAGCUUUUGGCCCAAGUUCCCCCCAGCCCAGGACAGCCACCAAAGCCAACACCUCCCCAUCCCAGAAGGGACAGGCCAGCAGCUGCCCCCCCUCCAUCCUCAACUCCACAGCUGACAUCCCAGUGCUGCUGGUGAACGGGUGCUUGGAACAAGGAGAUGCAUCUCCCAGCUUGGCCAAAGCCCCCCCAGCCUCUGUCAAGCAGCCCCCCGCUGCCAGCUGCAGCCCAGCCUCGGUGCUCAGUGUCCUGAACAACGCGCUGUCGGCACCCGCGCUCUCCUGCGUCUCAGACAGUCCCCUCGGGGCUGGGCAGCCGACCAUGAAGUUUGUGAUGGACACAUCCAAAUACUGGUUCAAGCCAAGCAUAACCAGGGACCGAGCGAUCCAGCUGCUGAAGGACAAGGAGCCAGGCACGUUCCUUGUGCGGGACAGCACGUCGUACCGGGGGUCUUUUGGACUGGCAAUGAAGGUUCCUGUCUCUCCAUCCAGCAGCCAGACAGGCGAGGAGAGCAGUGACCUCGUCCGGCACUUCCUCAUCGAGUCCUCUGCCAAAGGGGUGCGCUUGAAAGGCGCCAGCGAGGAGCUGUAUUUCGGGAGCCUCUCUGCCUUCGUGUACCAGCACGCCAUCACCCCGCUGGCACUGCCCUGCAAGCUCAGCAUCCCCACCCGAGAUCUCGCUGAUGGAGACGACAGCCCUGACUGCGCUGCAGAGUCCACACUGUCCCUGCUGAGGAAAACUGCUGUGUGCAACGUCUUGUACCUCAACUCGGUGACCACGGAGACGCUGACGGGAGCCCCGGCCAUCCAGAAAGCCAUCUCCUCCACCUUCGAGCUGGAGACUCUGCCCACACCCACCCUGGUGCACUUCAGGGUGUCCGAGCAGGGCGUCACGCUGACGGACAUCCAGAGGAAGGUGUUUUUCAGGCGACACUACCCCUUGGCUGCCAUCAGGUUUUGUGGGAUGGAUCCUGAGAAUAGAAAGUGGCAGAAGUACUGCAAGUCCUCGAGGAUCUUUGGCUUUGUGGCCAAAAGCCAGACAGAUUCGGAGAACCUGUGUCACCUGUUUGCAGAGUAUGACACUGUGCAGCCCGUGUCACUUGUCAUCGACCUUCUCUGCAAGCUCCUGCCAGGCCCGUAG